AUAAUAUGUGUUGGUGGCACAUGUCCCUUAUCCUCUAUCAGUAGCAAAAGAAAUGAAUGAAAUAAUUAGUGACAAUUGAACCUCAAUAUCAAUGGCUUCCAUAGCUUCAUUUUCAUCGCUUUCCACAUGGCUUCUUCUCCAUUCAUCCACAGCUCCAUUGGAUGGAAGAAGGAAAACAAUCACACCGAAUUUUGUGAGGAUGCCCACUCGCUCCUGUCUCGAUGAUACUUCUUCUCUCCUCCGAGCUGCUCAAUACACUGUGGAUACAUACGUGAAAAGUGGCAUGAUUGUAGGAUUGGGAUCUGGUCAUGCUUCUGAUAUGGCCAUUCAGCAUUUGGGUCUUCAGCUUCGUCGUGGUAAUUUGAAGGACGUUGUAGGGAUUCCCAUGUCUGUUGCAAGUGCAAGUGAAGCAGCAAAGGCUGGGAUUCCAUUGGAUACCUACCAAGGCAGUUCUCAAAUUGAUUUUGCAUUUAAUGAUGCUGAUGCUAUUGAAGAAGGGACAUUUGUUGCUAUCAUUGGGCGCCGGAAAUUGCUAAGUGAGGAAUCCAUAAUCCAGGAGAAGUCCAUACUGAAUGCUGCUGAUAAACUAGUGUUCAUUAUCGAAGAAAACCAGUACAAAGGUGGUCUGGAAGGUUCUAUUCCAGUUUUAAUUCAGUCUCUCAAUUGGUUGGCAACUGCUGAAGAGAUUGAUGAUAUGUUUCUUGGCGAUGCCGAGGUAUGGAGAAGACCAGGUAUUGGGCAAGCAGGUCCACUAGGAGGUGACUUCCCACUAGUCACAAGAGAAGGACAUAAUGUUCUUGAUGUUAUCUUCACAUCUCCAAUAGCAAGCCUUGCUGAAGUAGCGAAAAUCUUCGAUAAAGUUGAUGGUGUUGUGGAUCAUGGUGUCAUAUCUAAAAUCCCAUGCACAGUGGUAAUUGCUUCUCCGAAUGGAUUGAACAUUUUGGACAAAUUGACUGCAGAUAUAGAAUGCAAGUGUUCCUAGGAAUCACCACAUCCAUGAUAUCUCCUAAUACUGACCUACCAAGAGACAAAGGUGUAACAUCCUGCAACACCAGCUUUGGAAUAUUGUUAAAGCCUUCACUCAACAAUGCAGCCUGAACAGCUGCCCCAUAAGCCACAGCCUCAUCAGGAUUAAUGCUCUCG